AUGCCAGAAAAGUGCAAAGCCACUCUAAGAAAAAACACCAGAAAAAUGCACAAGACUGUCUGUAAAAACAUAUCAAAAAAUAUAAAUAAACAUACAAGACUAUCUACAAGAAUGCCAAAAAUCCACUCUACAAAAAUAUUAGGAAGUAUAAGGAUACUGAAUCUAGAAGAAGCUCUAAUAGAUACUAAUGAUGAUAAAG